UCAGUUCAUAAUAUGAAGAAAAGCUUUUGGAGUCAGUCAAGUCUUGUGUAGCUCUUCUUUACUGGAUUUUUCUGUUCCUCGUCGGUCUUAACUGUGGCAAAUCUGGCUUUCUACAAAGUCAUCUGCUACCCUGGCCUCCUCUGACGACGAACAGAUAGGUGGACUGUCUCCACCACCACAAAAAAGGGCGCGCCUUUCCUUGGACUGCGAGUCCGAUAUGCACAGAUCAAAACGGACUUCAACAAGAGAUGAUGGGGAAGCAAGCACUUCUAAUGGGGAGCACAUAGCAAAUGGCGAUAGUAAAUCACCUCUGAAGAAAAAGCUAUUGUCUAGAGUAGAGGAAGAUGUGGUCCGCUUGGUUGGGCAGUACCUCCAAGGCUUGGGACUCGAUAAAUCUGUAGAAGCCUUAAUGACAGAGUCUGGUUGUAGAUUAGAGCAUCCAUCAGCCGCUAAAUUUCGACAGAGCGUAAUGGUUGGCGAUUGGAGUCGGGCUGAUGGAAUACUUAAAGAACUCAAAAUCCUGGUAGAGAGUAAAGAAGAUAUAUCGAAAAUGAGAUUUUGUUUACUGGAGCAAAAGUUUCUUGAGUUUUUAGAAGACAACCGUCCUGUAGAAGCACUUCACUGCCUAAGAACUGAAUUAGCUCCUUUAAAAUAUAACAGAGAAAGGCUGCAUCAUUUAAGUGGGCUUGUCAUGUGUUCUAGUACAGAAGAGCUCUAUAAAAGAGCUAACUGGAAUGGUAAAGGACAAGCAUCUAGACAAAAACUUAUGGACAGGAUACAAUCUUAUCUCCCAGCCUCAGUCAUGCUUCCACCUCACAGAUUAAAUACUUUACUAACACAAGCAGUGGAACGACAAAAAGAAAACUGUCCAUUUCAUAAUACUUUAAAAGAUACCUACAUGCAUUCCUUCUCUCUACUCACAGAUCAUUUUUGUACAAGGAGACAAUUUCCUUGUGAAACAAAGUACACACUUACUGAACACUGUGAUGAGGUGUGGUUUGUAAGAUUCUCUCAUGAUGGAAAGAAAUUAGCCACAGGAGCAAAGGAUGGAAAUAUAAUUAUAUGGGAUGUGACGGGAAAAGAACCAAAAGUCAAGAAUACAUUUGAUGGCCAUUCGUAUGGUGUAGCAUACCUAUCAUGGAGUCCAGAUGAUACUUAUCUUAUAGCAUGUGGACCAGAGGAUUGCGCUGAACUGUGGAUAUGGAACACUGAAGUAAGUCGAACUUAAUCUAGAGUAAAGUGUUCAGGAAAAAUAUCAUUCAAGGGUAAGUGAUAUGCACUUUAUUUUGUGCAGGAUCUUGAUGGUAAUGUUUUAGAUUCCUGGGAAGGAGUAAGAAUCAAUGCUCUUCAUUGUCAAAGUGACGGCAAAACAGUUCUAGCUGCUGACACUCAUUACAGACUGCGCUCUUAUAAUUUCGAAGAUCUUCAUGAUAGUACCAUACUUCAAGAAGACCACGCUAUAAUGUCAUUCAGCCUAGCUGAUGAUGGCAAUCGCUGCCUCUUAAAUGUAUCAUCUCAAGGACUUCAUUUAUGGGGUAUUAAAGAUAAGACAUUACAACGCAAGUACCAUGGAGUUACUCAAGGAUACUAUACGAUACACUCCUGUUUUGGGGGUGUUAAUCAAGUCUUUUUAGCUAGUGGAAGUGAAGACCACAAUUUAUAUAUAUGGCAUGUGAAAAGAGAAGAACCAAUAGCAGUAUUAAAAGGUCACACUAGAACUGUUAACUGUGUCAGCUGGAAUCCUCACAAACCUAGUAUGCUGGCAUCGGCAAGUGAUGAUGGCACAGUUAGAAUAUGGGGUCCUUCAGAUUCAGAAGAUAAUGAGGAUGAAAGCACAGCAGUAUAGGACCUACUUUUGUAAAUAGUAGUUGAAUAAUUAAUAUUAUUGUUAUUAUUAAUAUUAUUGUUUAAAAAAAUUUGUAAGAUAGGAUGUUUGCAAUACUGUAAGAUUUUAACAAAAAAGAGGGUAUAUUCGCUUCUACCCUCCAUUAUACCAGUCACUUACAGUCUGUUGCAGUACRCGAUAUGCUACCUGGUACUCGUACUGGCACCUAUCAAUAUCGUACAUGUAUUAUUAUGGUAUAAUUCACCUAUACCAUCCAUCAUACCAAUAACAUACAGUCUGUUGCAGUAUACCAUAUGCUACCUGGUACUCUUACUGACACCUACCAACAUCGUAAAUGUGUUUUCAUAGUAUUUUCACCUAUACCAUCCAUUAUACCAAUCAC